AUGGAUAAGUGGCAGCGCGAGUCGACAGAACCACAAAAAUGUGAAGGUAGAAUAUUCACCUUCUUCCUGUGUGCCUACAUUUUCACAUUGGUCAGUAAUGGCCUCAUCAUACUGACCAUCUCCUUGGAAUCAAUUCUCCAAAAGCCAAUGUAUUUCUUUCUGAGGAACUUAUCUGUCCAUGAACUUUGUUUCACUACCGUCACAGUUCCCAAACUUUUGCAGGUCUUUAUCUCAAAGGAUCUGUCCAUCUCAUUUUCAGCCUGUGCCAUCCAGAUGUUUAUAUUUUUCACCAUUGGAGUGUCAGAAUGUGUUUUUCUUGGGUUUAUGGCCUUUGACCGGUAUAUGGCCAUUUGCCAUCCAUUAAGGUACACCUCGGUGAUGAACACUCAAAUGUGUUAUCAGUUGAGUGUAGGUUCUUGGGUCAUUGGAUCUUUUGUGUCUUUAGGACAAACAAGCUUUGUAUUUAGCUUGCCAUAUUGUGGGUCCAAUCUCAUCGCCCACUACUUCUGUGAUAUUCCUCCGCUUCUCAAGUUGGCUUGCACCAACACAUUCAUUAAUGAACUCUCGGUCUUCAUUGUCUGCAUGUGCGGAGCUGGAGUCCCAUUUUUGCUCAUCCUCUGCUCAUAUGUCAACAUCAUGAUCUCCAUCCUUCUCAUUCACUCCUCAGAAGGACGACACAAAGCUCUGUCCACAUGCAGCGCACACCUGACAUCUGUCAUCCUUUUCUAUGGCACCACUAUGUUAACCUAUCUUCGCAUAGACACCUAUGGGUCUGAUAAAAAUGACCGGUUUCUAUCUCUCUUCUAUUGUAUUAUCAUACCGGCCAUUAAUCCUCUUAUCUAUAGUCUGAGGAACAAAGAGAUGAAGACUGCGCUAAGGAAAGUCAUCUUCAAGAUUCCCAAUACAAUGAAUGAAAUCAGCUACUGA